GGAUUGCGCUAUUAUUCAGAAGAAGAUAAAUGGCUCCGGCAUUGUUUGCUUGUAGGAGGUGCGAGCGGCUCCCAAGUCAUGUCCAGAUCGGGCGACCGGACGUCUACGUUUGACCCGACACACAGCGACACGCUGCUGCACGGGCUCAACCUGCUGUGGAGGAAGCAGCUCUUCUGCGACGUGACCCUCACAGCUCAGGGACAGCAGUUCCACUGCCACAAAGCCGUGCUCGCGUCCUGCUCGCAGUACUUCAGGUCCCUGUUCUCUGCGUCACACGCGCUCAGCAAUGAGCCGCUCGCUGGAAAGGAUCAAAGCAGCGGCGGAACCCCGUCGUCGUCCCCGGAUGAGAAGCUCCUGGCCAGCCCGCGCUCCAUCAGCAACCUGGUGCUGCAGGGCUGCUCGUCCAUCGGGCUGCGCUUGGUCCUCGAGUACCUGUACACGGCCAACGUCACACUCUCGCUGGACACGGUCGAGGAGGUGCUCUCGGUCAGCAAGAUCCUCAACAUCCCGCAGGUCACCAAGCUGAGCGUGCAGUUCCUGAACGACCAGAUCUCCGUCCAGAACUACAAGCAGAUCUGCAAGAUCGCCGCGCUCCACGGCCUGGACGAGACCAAGAAGCUGGCCAACAAGUACCUCGUCGAGGACGUGCUGCUCCUCAACUUCGAGGAGAUGUGCGCCAUGCUGGACGCGCUGCCGCCGCCCGUCGAGUCCGAGCUCGCGCUGUUCCAGAUGUCCGUCCUGUGGCUGGAGCACGACCGCGAGACCAGGAUGCACUACGCGCCGGACUUGAUGAAGCGCCUCCGCUUCGCCCUCAUCCCGGCCCCCGAGCUCGUCGAGAGGGUGCAGUCCGUGGACUUCAUGAGGAGCGACCCCGUGUGCCAGAAGCUCCUGCUUGAUGCCAUGAACUACCACCUGAUGCCCUUCAGACAGCACUGCAGACAGACCACAGCCAGCAGAAUCCGUUCCAACAAAAGGAUGCUGCUGCUGGUUGGAGGUCUGCCUCCAGGACCUGACCGCCUCCCCAGUAAUCUAGUUCAGUACUACGACGAUGAAAAGAAGACAUGGAAGAUCCUAACAAUAAUGCCUUACAACAGCGCUCAUCACUGUGUAGUAGAAGUGGAGAACUUUCUUCUGCUACUAGGUGGAGAGGACCAGUGGAACCCGAAUGGCAAACACAGCACUAAUUUUGUAAGCCGAUACGACCCGAGAUUCAACAGCUGGAUCCAGCUGCCUCCGAUGCAGGAGAGGAGGGCGAGUUUCUUUGCGUGCUGUCUCGAUAAACACCUUUACGUCAUUGGAGGAAGAAAUGAGACAGGCUAUCUGUCCAGCGUAGAGGCGUACAACCUGGAGACUAACGAAUGGAACUACGUUUCGUCUCUUCCCCAACCUCUUGCAGCCCACGCCGGUGCCGUCCAUAACGGGAAAAUCUACAUCUCAGGUGGAGUCCAUAAUGGCGAGUAUGUGUCCUGGCUGUACUGCUAUGACCCGGUGAUGGAUGUGUGGGCCAGGAAACAGGACAUGAACACUAAACGCGCUAUACACGCACUCGCAGUCAUGAACGAUCGCCUGUACGCUAUUGGUGGAAAUCACUUAAAAGGAUUCUCUCAUCUGGAUGUGAUGUUGGUGGAAUGCUAUGACCCUAAAGGAGAUCAGUGGAACAUCCUGCAGACGCCCAUACUGGAGGGCCGCAGCGGUCCCGGCUGUGCCGUGCUGGACGACAGCAUUUACCUGGUCGGAGGCUACAGCUGGAGCAUGGGAGCCUACAAGUCGUCCACCAUCUGCUACAGCCCGGAGAAAGGAACAUGGACCGAACUAGAAGGCGAAGUAGCAGAACCUUUAGCCGGACCAGCGUGUGCCACCGUCAUACUCCCAGCUUGCCUGCCGUUUAACAAAUAACAGAUAAUUAUGUGAGAAAAAAAAAAAAGCCCUUAGGAUGGACAGAAAGGCCAAAACGAUGCAGACUGAUCGCAUAGGAGGUGUAUAAAUUAUUUUUUUACACGUCUGACGAGAGCACUUUCUUUCCUUCUUUCCUUCUUUCUUUCUUUAAUACUUUUCAAAAGAAAUACAAUUCGUUUGUAUGUGUGUUGACAUUCAAACCUUUGAUCACCUUUCCUUGUUUUGUUCUUCUUU